UUAUAAAGCCCAAGCAGUGGUUAUUGGCAAGCUACAUUCUCUCCCAACAAGGCCACAGAGAACAUCUCCAUCAUGAGCUUCAACGGAAAGUUUGAACUGCAGUCCCAUGAAAAUUUUGAGCCUUUCAUGAAGGCCCUUGGUCUCUCUGAGGAAUUGAUUGAAAAGGGCAAGGACAUCAAGAGCAUCUCAGACAUCGUGCAGAAUGGCAAAAAGUUCAAGGUCACCGUGACAACCGGCAGCAAAGUGCUGACCAAUGAGUUCACUAUUGGAGAGGAGGCCAUGCUGGAGUCCCCAACAGGAGAGAAGGUCAAGGCUGUUGUUCAAAUGGAAGGAGACAAUAAACUGGUCACAAACUUGAACAAAAUCAAAUCCAUCACUGAAAUAAAUGGAGACAUUGUCACCAAUAUAAUGACCCUAGGAGACAUCAGCUACACGAGAAUCAGCAAGAGAAUCUAGAGAUACGGAUACACACAUUCUAGUGUGUAAAGUGCACCCAAUAAAGUACAGUUUGUAUUAAA